UUUGUGUUUGUUUUGGUCCCUUGUUCUGUUUUUCGGAAAACAACGUGCCAAGGGCAGAUUUUUUGUUAAAAAACAAUUCAUCUAUAAGUUUUCAAAAAACAAACAAAAUGCCUUCCAAAUCGAAGCCAAAACUUUCCCGCGGAGUGUUGGACAUGAAGUUCAUGCAGCGCACCAAGGCGAAAGUGGACAAAGAGACUGCCGAUGAGCAGAGUCGGGCACUGUACUCCAAUGAAAUUAACGAAAAGAUGCUGAAUUCCAACUCGAAUUAUGUCGUCGAGCAGAGCUACUCUAUCUGCGCCGGUCUCAUCGAUGGUCGUCUGAGUUUUCGUGGAAUGAAUCCCGAAAUUGAACUGCUAAUGGAGCAGGAACGAACAGAGAAGCAAAACCUUAAGAAACCCGAGCAACCCAAAGAAGUUUCGGACCAGGACAUGGCCAACACGUACUACGCCAACAAGGCGCCUGCCCUGACCAAUAGCAUGGGCAAGAAGUUCAGCACGAAGAAGGACCUCAAGCGAAAACAGAACGGAGACUCCGGGAAUUUCCAUAAAAACCACCACAAGGCGCAAUUCAGAAAACCUCGUCCGGACGACAAUUAAUUUACUUUUUUACUCUGAUCUAGUACUAGUUAAAGUUAAAUAAAAUAUAUAACAAUUCAAGUA